UUUCGGAGGUAACCCUGCCCUUUCUCUUCUUAUCAUGGGCUCUUCCAAAGAAGAAAAAGAAAGAGAAGCUGAAAACAGAGAGAGGGCCAAGAAGAUAAAAAGGUUAAUGAAUGAAGUCAGCAAAUAUUUACAAAAUGAGACUGCAACUAUAGAAGGAAAAACCAAAGAAAAAUCCAUUAAAUAUUUCUCAGGGGGUGCUUUGGUGGAUACUUUAAUGAGUUCCUCUUGGGCGGAUGCUAACGAUGACUUACAUCUUGAAACGAGAUUUGACGCUAUCGAGUUCUGCACGGGCCUCCUUUCCAACGAGUUCUUUAUUGCUUUGAAACUGAAAUCUAAAAAACGUGUAACAGACGGAGAAUCAUCGAAACCGAAGAAAUCGAAGAAACCCCUCAAGUUUGAUGUGAUAAUCGAUGCGGGAGAGUUCCUUGAUAGUCCAGAACAGUUUUACAUGUGGAAAUACAGUCCGAUGGGAAUAUGGGCAUACAUUAUCGGUGGAGGGUUGCUGCUCGGAGUUAUAGCAAUGGCUCUUGUGCCAGUGUGGCCGGGAGAGGCCCAGAUCGCAUUCCAAUACAUUACUAAUGGUUCCGGUGUCAUUGUGGGCGUCUUCUUUGCUCUUUUGAUUGUCAGAUUAAUUCUAUUUGUGUUGGUGUGGGCGUUUUCUAAAGGAAUCUACCACUUUUGGCUGUUGCCGAACAUCAACGAAGAUAAACUCGGAAUAAUUGAAACUUUUAAACCGCUUUAUUCGUUAGACAAUUACUACGAAGAAAAAGAGAAGAAAGAGCACAGGAAAAAGCGGAGAGAAGCUCGAGAAAGAGAAGGAAUAUCUGGAAGUGAAGUAACCAGCGCUACAGAGGACAAGAAAACCAUUUAGAAAACAACAGGAUAGUUAAUCUCGUUAAACUGACCCUUCAAUCGUUCUGUGAAAUUAAUUGUAAAUUAGGUUUUUGAAAGAAUAGCAAUUAUCAACAGAUUAGAUAGGUAUUAGGACGCUAUUUGUUUUGAAAUUAGGAAUUUAAGGAAUCAUGCAUACAGAAUAUUAUUUCCAACUUGCAGAAUACAAUAGCUAGUCUAUAUAAUAGCUUGAAUUGUUAAGUCAGAAAAAUGAGUUUUAAAGCUUCAGAUUUUAAGAAUUACCGUUCCCAAUCACUUUAAUGAGCCGCAAGAAAUUUGUUGUUGGUUAAAUCCCUAAUUCUGAUGUAUUGUGCCGACUGAUUUUAUACGAUUGCAUAUAAUUGGGUUUAUGAUAUAAAGUUUAUACAGCUUGGGGUAAAAUCAGCAUUACUUGAAAAUUUGAAAAUGAGUUAUUACUUAAUAGUGGCAUGGGGUUCUCGACCUUGGGAAGUUCAGACAUGUGAAAAGUUUGGAUAUAUCAUAGUUGAAUUAUUUCUUGUUCUGAUGCCUAAAAUGAUUCCAAGGACCGAAAGUCUCCAUGAAAGAGGCUAGUUAAAAGUAUCUGGUAUUAUUCAUCGCCACCUUGAUCAAUGAUUUGAAUUCUUAUGGUCGGAUACCUCACCCGUUCCCCUCAGUUUCGGCUCAGUUUCGGCCCACCCUACUACGAAGAAUCUAGAUUUUUUUGUUAAGAAUUUUAGCAUGCUCUCGUUUAUCAAAAUUCUAUAAUUUCGGUUUGACUAAUAAAGUUUUACAGUAUAUUUCAUUUGCACUAAUUCAAUGAUAAAGAUAGUCAAUGACAUUGUAAAUAUAAAUGCACUUUUUAAACAGAA